AUGGCGGCAGACCAGGGAGGAAACAAUGGGCAGCCUGUGGCGCAGCCCGUGAGCAGGGAGAAGAUCCUGCAUGCACUUGCGUCUCUUAUGGCCAAUAAAGAUGCAGCCUACGUUGCAGGGGUACGCAGCCGGGCAGCCAAGGGCGACUUGAAGAUCAAGGGGGAACACAUCACCGCAGAGAUUGUGGAUGAAGCCCUCACACGCUUGCCCAAGACAGAAGAGAAGCCCAAGGUGGCCUCCGAGCCCACUCCGGCAGCCGGGGCUCGCUGGACCCCAUCCUCUGCUUCCAUUGCAUCCAUCGUCAGCAAGGCGCUCAUGGAGUGUGAAGAUGCUGAGCAGUACAUGGAGCGGGUCCGGGUUGUCGGGGAUGCCAAGGUGGCAGUCUUGCCAAGGCCAGAUGUCAACACUACGCCCACUGGGGAAUUCCUCUGUUCAGAGGAGUGGGCAGACACUGUGGCACGGCUUGUGAAUCGCAAAGACGGCCGCGUCUAUGUGCGCCUUCGCAACUUCAGCGGCUGGGUAUCCUCACGAUCCCGAAAUGACUACAACAAGGUAGUGCUGGACGUGGAGGACGGCAAGGAUCCGUUGGAGCCUGGCACUGCGCAGGUUAUUGCAACCAGCCGGGCCAUGCGCCUGCUGCCGCACAUGACGCAGGAAGGCUACCAGAUCUCCAAUGCCAGCGGCACGAAGGUCCGCCGCUUCCGCACCACUGUCAUCACGCCGAUCCUUCAAGCGGCCGAUUGCAGCGCUGCGAACGUUGCAAAGCUACAGCCGAAGGAGGAGUUUCUUUCAGAUGGCGCCUUCCUCCGUGCUGCGGAUGGCCGAGCAUACCUUCAUCUCAAGGAUGGCAAAGGUUGGAUCUGCGAGCGCACGAAGUCGGACUUUUCCAAGCUGGCCAUCGAACCUUGUGGCUCCGCCGAAGAUCUCGUCGAGGAAAUUGAGGAGCCCGGAGUUCCGCAGCCUGCCCGGGCCCGCGCCGGUGGCAAGAAGAAGGUCUUCCUGCUGGAGCAUGCCGAAGUUACCGAAGUUCCCGAGACCGUGGCCCACGAUGCUGCACAACCAGGUGCCGAUGCCGAGGCAGCACCAUCUGAGGUGGUCUUUCGCUCCGAUGCAGAGAUCUGGCCUGAGGAAUAUCACCCCCCGAAGCCCAUCGGGCGCACCACGCGCUUGGCACUUCGGCGUCUCUACGUUUGUCACGGGAAGAAGGUGAAAGAGUGUGAAGAGGAUCUGAAGGAGGUGACCGCCAAAGCAGCCACCUUUGGCCGAGCCUGCCCUGCUCAGAAGGAGUUGCUCCAGUACGCCGAGGACCUGAAAAAAGAGAUGCAGAAGGCGAAGAAGGAGUGGUCCGCCGCAGUCAAGAAAGAAUUGUCCGGAUCUGCCGCUCUGUCUCCGGGUGGCCACUCACCUGCGAAGUCCGACGCGUCGAAGUCUGUCUGGCCACGGGUCAACCAUGCUCCGCAGCUGUUGCUAGAUCAAGCUGUUGCCACACGUCUUCGGCCACUGAGAGGGAUGGCAAGCGAUGGCCGCGGGAUGACCCUGGGCCUAGCCCUGGGCGCAGCUUUGGUAGCAGUGCCCUGUCACGAUUUUCAGAGCUUCCGAGAGGGGAUAAUAUAG